UUCGAGGUUUACUUUUUAUUUAUGCUAGUCAGGUUAUUCUGAUACUAUAACGUAUAAGUUGAGUUUAGAUCAGCAUAAAGACAUUCAGUCUCAAUACACCUGGAUAUUAAACGUGAAUAUAAAGCACAUGUAAUAUUAAAUCAAAUUAUCGGACACUGGUUAUGAUCCACUAAGGCGGAGGUUUAGUUAACAAAGUAAAUAGUGUUAAUUAAAAUGGACACCUAGCUUAGUAUACUGAAUACAAAUGCUGCAGUAUGUCACCCUAAGGCUGCCAACGAAAUGGCAGUGAAUGAUUGUGCUGUUUGAUAACAUUGAGGUAUAUUAACGCAUCAAGAUGGCAUAUACCUAUUUAAAGCAGCGUGCAGAGCGGAUGUCCAGUCUUGGAUUCUCGACGACGCAUCAUAAACGACCAUCUUCUCUUAGUGAUUCCUCAAAGUCAUACAAUGUGAACAAUGCAAGAAAUAUAAUCAACAGCUACAGGAGGAAGACUUAUACACCCCAGUACCAGUAUAGCGCUACCACUGACGAUGACAACACGCUUCACCAUAGCAACAGUGUUCCUUUUUUACACCGCAGUAGCAGCACUCCUAUGUUGAACACAAUGCACAGUCCCGGGGGAUCAGGGACAUCGAUAAGCCGGGAUUAUCGUUCAGGGUCUCUUGUUAGUGAGAACAGCGUCAUCGAAGAGAUGGAGCCACAUCAUCGGGAUAGCAUUGAUGAAGAUAGUGUGGAGAUUAGUGCAACUGAGGAGCACCAACUUGUGGAGCCCACAGUGGAGAUAGAUGUCCAUGAGACAGACUCUAUGAGUGGUGACACAGAGAAAGGGGACCCCAGUGGGUGGGUGGAAGAAGGAAUAAACAUGUUGGACAGAUACAGACUGAAAGAUGCUGAGGCACUCUUUCUAAAGACACUUAAGUUCAUAGAUGAACCCACUAUGGAAGAAGAGAAACUAGUGGUCCAGGCACUAAGUGGGCUAGCAGAGGCUUACCAGAGGCUUGGUAACUCGCUACAAGACGAUGAGAUUAGAUGGCAGUGGAUGUACAUCCAGGCGAUGACCUUGAUGCAGCGUUCCAUCAGACAAUGCCUAGAGUCAAUGAAACAACUCCUGGACAAUGAAGACUUCAUCUGGUUCGUUGAACAAAAAUACAGCAUCGAUUCCAGAUUAACAAUUCUUGAGAAUACAUUCCAGAAAUCUCUAGAAGAUAGUGUUUCGAGGAUUUUUGUUGAGGAUAAAAAUCGAGCGAUUGCCCUUAUAUGGCAGAGUAUAAAGAAUCGUGGUAAGCGAGAACAGCCUCUCAUGGGGAUCAAAUGGAUUGAUGAGCUACAGAAGUAUUGUUAUAAACGUGUCGAACAUCCAGAGAAGGCUGUCUCUAUGGAGUCCAUACAGAGUGACAGGUCAAGCAAAAGUAAUCGUUCCGCCCGGAACAGCACAAGUGAAACCUCGGAGAGUGUCAACAUGAAUGAUAUCCACGAUUCAAUGACACCCUCAUAUGUUGCGGUCGAUGAAGGACCAUUGAAUGAUCCAUUCUUUGAUAUGACUGUACGGGAACGUAAGACACAUUGGGAGCACUAUGACGCCCCACACUCCCCAACCUCCCCGAUGUCUGUCCGCAGUGACAUCUGGGACCUAACACCUGAUAAAUCCCACAAGGACUUUGAACAGUUCAAUGAACCUGAAUGGACUUUAAAUGAUAAGGAACUGGGAGGAGAUGAGAAUGAGGACUAUGGCUAUGUGAUAACUGUAUAUAAAGCCUACUCUCCAUCAAAUAUUGAACCACCCAGUCCUGAUAGAAAAUCAUUUCCAAUGAAGGCUGCCUAUGAUAACCUUUCACCUAUGACUGAAGCUGUUAAAUUCAAUAGCAAUAAAGCAGUGGUUCCUUCUAAGAUUCCUUUACCAAGCACUCAGAUAAUAGAUGGCGAUGCCUUACCCCACCUGGCUCUAUCUAAGGAGCGAUAUUACUUCACUCUCGCCCAAUCUCUCUGUAGACUCGCAGAUAACUUCUUCAAAGCAAAAAAAUACAAAGUUGCAAAUGACGUUUAUGAGCGAACAGUUGGGUUAUUUAAAGAUUUCCCAAGAGAUGAGGAAAGUUAUACUCUGAUGGCCAACACACUUAAAACAGUGGGAAUCAUCAAGUGUAAAACAGGGGACAUUAUAGGAGGCAUGCACAUGAUGCAGCAAGCAAUCCAGAUAUUCCAUCUUCUCCAAAGCGAUGAAUCAAAGGUGAACCUGGCGUCAUCAUGGUAUGAACUCGGGAACACUUUCAUAGAGGAGGAAUGGACCCAAGAUACCAUUGUGGAGCAUGUGAUGAGGCAGCUAAAUGAAGCAGUUGAAAAUGAGGAGUCUGAUGAGGCAAACCGUACAACAUAUGACAGUGAUAGUGAUACAGAAUGUGAUGAGGACCAGUACGUUGUGGGAGCACUGGAGGCGAGGACAUGCUACCAGAAUGCAGUCGAUACUCUCAAACAGAUGCACAUUGUAAACAUAGAGCAGCGUGAUGUACUAGCUAGAUCUCUCACCCGUAUGGGGAACUGUAACGCAAUGGCUGGUGAUUACGAUUCGGCUCUGAGCAACUUCGAAGAAGCCCUCAGUCUGUUCAAGACAACUUAUGGAGUCGAUAACCUCAGUGAAAAUGCAAACAUCAUGACAAUGAUGGGAGUUGUCUGCUUCCUGUUACGACAAUACUCCAAGGCUGCCACCAUGUACGAGGCAGCGAUAAUCAUCUUGAAGAACCUCCAAGGAGUUGACGAACCAAAGUUUGACUAUGCCUUCAACCUUGGUCUACAAGGGAUCGCUUACUAUGCAAUGAGAAGCUAUGACAAAUGUGUGUCUUCAUCCUUCCAGGCAUUCGAGACAUUCUCUUUGAUCUACCAUGAUAAGUUGAUGAGGCAGCCUCCCAUCAAGCAUUGGUUGAUCUGCCAGAGUCUUUACGUCCUGGGACAUUCCUAUGGGAAGCUGGAUCUAUAUGAGAAGGCUCUCUACUACCUAGGUCUGGCCAAGACAAUGUUAGGCAGGAUCAAGGCACCAAGCAAUGUUCAGGUUGUCCAGAUCAUUAAGGCACUGGCUGACAACUAUUCUGCCACGGAGAAGUAUGAAGAGGCUCUCCAACACUACAACGAGGCCCUUGAAAUAGUAGAUCGUGACACCACUCACGGACCACUCAGAGUUCUCCAAAAUCAGCUCCUCAAUAAAGUAGCGAAUGUCCAUGUUUCGAUGAAGAAUUAUUCCAAUGCGGCAUCUUUUCUCGAACAAGCAUUGAAUACGCAGAAAGAUGUGGAAGCUGAUAUUAAAGAUGACAUGUGUGAAUUGUUAGAACAGUUGGGAUCUGUGUACAUGAUGACAUGUGAAAUAGAUAAAGCCAUUGAUUGCUUUGUAGACUGUUUGGACCAGAACCAAGAAAUCAAUGGAGUUCACAGUUUCGAAAUGGCUUCCGUAUGUGGUAACCUAGCAACAUUGUACCAUAUAAAGGCAUGCAUGGCAGAAACGGAUGACAUCGAGGGAUAUGUCCGAUUGGCUGAGACGUACUAUAGAGAUGGCAUGCGUUUGGAGACCAAUGCAACUGUUUGCGUGAGAUAUGCUAACUUCCUGUACCAUCAGGGCCUAGAGGGUGAUGCAGCUCUUACCCUGGAACCCGUCCUCCACCCACGACGCACCAGAUCUUCUAUCGUGAUGGUAGAGGAUGUCGAUAUGGUCCUGAGUGGGCUUGAGCAAGUUAUCCUACCAGACAUGUUAGAGAAGGAGAUAGAAGAACAUGGUGAGAUUACUAUCCCAGCCAGUCUCUAUGCCAAAUACCUGGCUGUACUCUGCUACAAGCAGCUCAAGUUAAUGUCUGAUGCCGAGGCCAUCGUCACCGCUAUGAUAAAAGAUGCCAAUGAAGCAAACACACAUAUCUUCUACUCAGUGCUAGGGUACGCAUUAAUGGAAAUGGGUACAUUUGAUGCGGCUGCUAAAAAUUUCGAUAUAGCUGCCAACAUGUUAGACUCAAUGGAUGCAAAGCUUGCCAGAGAGAAUGCUUCCAUGUGCCUUGCAACACAUCUCUAUGACACAUCCAGCCAAGGUCUACAAAACGUCUAUGAGUAUGCUAAGCGAGCUCAGAGAAAAGGUACCCUACCUCGGAUUAUUGUACCCACUAAAUAUAAGACUGAAUCAGAGAGAAUCUCUCCUGAAAGUGGCUCAAACUCUCAAUCUUUCUCCUCAUCCAUUUACAGCAGGGACCAUUACUAUAGUAACGGAACUGACACUUACUCCCAGAAUCGUUACCCUAGUAACGAUAAUGAGACAUUUUCAAGGAAUCGUUUCACUAAUGACAAAAGUGACACCUAUUCCAGUCGUGAUACUUACUCUCGGGACACUUUCACAAAUAAUGGGAACGAGUCUCAAUUGGACAAUGAUAACAGAGUAACAGACCGCAACAGGAAUGAGAGUUUUGGGAGUGAUAGAUCAUCAAGGAGUAGUAUAGGGGAUGAGCCUAUAGCUUGGUCCCCUAGACCUUCACCCUCAAGGUCUCCUGCACACACACGCUUCAACUAUAGUUAUGGGGGACCCUACCAUUGAAAGGACUCUAUCCUAUCACCUUUAAUUAUAUCUCUAGGACCCCACCACUAUAACGAUACCAUAACUAUCACUAUAACGACCUAUCUAAUGAGAGGACCCUACCAUAUCACUGAGAAGG